AGAUACAGCAGUGAACAUAACAGGUAACACCCUCCCCUUCUGCCAAGGAGCGGGACAGGGAGGAGAGGGAAGACAGAGACACGUGGAAUAUGAAGUGUUCAGCGUUGAAAUAUCCAAGAGAAUUUCCUGGCAGAUUUGAUGUGAGGUGUGAUUAAAGAAGAGCCAAGAAUGACUUUAUUGUAGUUGGCCUAAUCAACUGGAAGUUGCCAUUUAUUGAGAUGAGAAGGCUGCCAGAAGAGUAGAGUUGUUUUGUUUCAUUAUGGAGAUAGACGGUUUCCAGCAGUUAGACCUAGAGAAGAGUGUACCUUCCAAAAAGACGACUCCUAAAAGGAUUAUCCAUUUUGUUGAUGGAGACAUCAUGGAAGAAUAUAGCACAGAGGAGGAGGAGGAGGAAGAGGAAAAAGAGGAACAGAGCACAAAUGCAACACUUGACCCUUCUAAACUUUCCUGGGGACCCUACCUGCGAUUUUGGGCAGGACGGAUAGCAAGCACCUCAUUUGCUACAUGUGAAUUCCUUGGUGGAAGAUUUGCUGUCUUCUUCGGUCUUACCCAACCCAAAUAUCAGUAUGUGUUAAAUGAGUACUAUAGGAUACAAAACAAGAAGAGUGACAACGAAAGUGAAGGGAAUGGAUCAAAGACCCAGGCAGCUGAGGUUCCUAAUGAAAAGUGUCACUUGGAGGCUGGGGACCGAGAUUAUGGAACCAUACAACAGGACACAGCAGAAGCCAUUUCUCAGUGAAGCACCUCAUCCAGGGAAGGUCUGGUGGCAGAUCCUAGCUCAUGAUGGCAGCAAAGACUAUAGUUUCCCUGGAUCUCUGUUCCUUGGCCAUUGAUUACCAUGGCAACAACACCAGAGGUAGCACUUCUGAGCCAGAUCUGAUCCUAAUCUCCGUGUAACUUAGUCUCAAGCAUCCAGGAAUUACAAGCAAUAAUGAGAGUAAUUUUUGACACUUUAUCAGAAUAAUUUUUAUAUGCAAGCCACUCCACCUCAACUCCACCCCAGUGAUACAAGUCCAAUGAGUACUGACAUUUGCAUAGUAGCAUAAAUGCCUUAAGGAACUUUGGGACUGGGAGUUUUUGACUGAAAUCCUCUGUCAUGGGAUGAGGGUACAGUAAAGAAGCUCUAUUCCUCAGAAGAAAAUUUGGGCACCACAAAGUCUAAAUAAAUCCCCUUUCAGGGUUUGACAUAGGUGUGUACUUCCAACAGCCAUCCUGGCUUAGUUGGGGAUUGCUUUACAAUAAGUAAACAUUGCUAAUAGCUCUGUUA